AUGCAGGUAUCUGUCGCAACCACAACAACUUCUAUUCUUGUUUUAAUCUUUUCUGGCUCGCGCAAUCCCGUAAACCGAACAUACGCGACCACCGCAUACAGCACUCCAGCGCCACAUCCAUCUCGAAUCUCAGCGGCAGAUGUUCAAGCUGCUCGUCUAUACUGCUCGAAUCUGCUGCAGAAGUUCGACUCGCCAUCCUAUACUCUCCAAACCUUCGUCCCUCCUUCAGCCAAAGACGCAUACCUUUCAAUACGAACGCUUAACAUCGAGCUGGCACGGAUACCAGACUUGGUUUCGAAUCCCACAGUCGGUGCCCUCCGUAUGCAAUUCUGGCGCGAUAAUUUGACUCGUACUUUUGCCAAUACGCCGCCGAAAGAGCCUGUCGCAAUCCUCCUACACCAUGCUCUCCAAGCUCUCCAGGAACGUCAUCCAGGGAUUAGCACAAAUGUAAUGAAGGGAUGGUUCAUGAAAGUAAUCAACGCAAGGGAGCAAUAUAUGGAUAAUCGACCGUACGCAAGUAUGAGCGAUUUGGAGACCUAUGCCGAAAACACAUACUCUACAUUGAUGUAUUUGACACUGGCGGCUCUGCCUCUGCACUCGAUGGCAGCAGACCACGUCGCAAGUCAUAUAGGAAAGGCCACCGGAAUUGUCGCGGUGCUCAGAGGUCUGCCAUUACUGGCUUUCCCACCCCCUCCAAAUCACCAUAGCAAUAACACGGCAUCUGCAGGCGGAAACACAGGAGGGAGACAGGGAUCUGUUGUCCUGCCUUUGGACGUAAUGGCAGACGCUGGAGUGAAGGAGGAAGAAGUUUUCAGGCAGGGUGCUAAUGCUCCAGGAUUGCAGGAUGCCGUAUUCACUGUCGCCACUCGAGCAAAUGAUCAUUUGAUUACCGCAAGAGAAAUGCUGAAGAACUUGCAACAAGGGAAAGACGCAGGUCAUGAUUUUGAGCACGAGGGCGAGGAAGGCCACCAAUACGCUCAGUCUGAUUCCAAAGGACUCUCGCAGGCGGAUGAGAUUGAGCGUGGCUUCGGCGUGCUGAUGCCGGCCCUGCCGACGAGAUUAUGGUUGGAGAAACUUGAGAAACACGACUUUGAUGUUUUCAGACCAGAGUUGAGAGCAGGGGACUGGCGUCUGCCAUGGAAAGGAUAUUUGGCUUAUUCACGAAGAUCAAUAUGA